GAUCACGCGUUUGUUCUGCCGAGGGAGGACCGUCUGCUAAGUGUGGAAUAUCGCAUGUCAGGCACCUGCGUUCGAUCAGCGUCAGCAUCGCAUUUUCAACACCCACAGCAAGUGAGAGGCGCAAGAGUGGAUACAGAGAUGGUGCAGCUGUCCCCGUCCCCAGUUCUGGAUGUGUCCCCUCCCUCCGAGUGCUCCGAGGAGGUGGCGGGGAGGCAGGGGAGCCCCAAAACGGAGUCUCCCCCCACCCUCAGCUCCCUGCAGCUGGCCCUGGCCGCCUCCACAACUACCUACCAGGGCUACGAAACCUACAUCGAGGACGGCCUCAUCUGUCUGAAGCACAAGAUCCGCAACAUGGACAAAAAGAGGUUGAAACUUGAAGACUACAGGAGACGUCUGAAGAAUGGCGAGACGCUCAACCAAGACCAAAUGGAAGCUGCAGAGAAGUAUGAGGAAGUCAUCCACAACCUGGCGUUCGCCAAGGACCUCCAGAAGACCCUUGGCAGCCUCAGCCAGGAUCUCCUGAAGGCCCAGAGGAAGGCGGUGCGGAGGGAGCAGACGGCGAGGGCGGAGGCGGAGAAGAGGCGCCUGGCCACGGUGCUGCAGGCCCACUACAUCCUGCAGAGCCUGCAGCAGGAGCACGUGAGGAAGGACUUCCGCAGCGGCCUCAACCGCGCCCCCUUCCUGUCAGCCGGCGAGGUGGAGCGCCUGCUCGACCUCGCCGCCCUGCUGGGCUGUAAGAGGGAUGAGAGCAUGAGUUUGGAGGACCAGAUGGAGCAGGCGUCCAGCAUCUACUGGGACCUGAUGGAGGGAAGAGACAAACCUGUGGCUGGAACAUCCUACAAGCACAUGAAGGAGCAGCUGGCCAGACUGAUGGAUUGUGGGUACUUUGACCACAUCCCAGUUCCUCACAACGAGGACUUGGACGAAGCCGAGGAUCUGGUGACCAGGAAGACCGAGGGGCUGCCCAAAGCCAAAGGGAGCAUUUCAGAUCUAUCUAAGCUAAUGACCACUAAUGAAGUACCAACCAGGGAGUUUCUUAACAGACGCUACUUGCCUGAAACAGACUACUGUGGCCGGGGUCAGCCCGACCAGACCAAAGCCUCGAACCAGAACUGGAAGGCUGAUUUGAUGGCACUCAAGCAACAGCAGGAGCCCCCAGACUCAUGGGAAAUGGAGUUUGCUGAAAAGCCCUCCUCCCAGAAACUCUGGAGAGGGGCAGCAACCUUUGUCCCCAAAGAGCAGGGGGCGGCACCAAGACCUACAGAUGAACCCAAACAGAGACGAGGGAAGAAGUCCAAGGUUCAGCAAGACGCAAAAACGGCUGUGAAGGCAGAGGUUCCGGUGGAAGUGUUCAGCUCCCCGCUGUCCCUCCCCCAGGACCCCGUCCUGAGGAAGCAGCAGCUGCAGGACCUGAUGAAGCAGAUCCAGGGCUCCUUCAGCUUCAUGCAGGAUUCUGUUCUGGACAGAGAGGGUUCCCCAACAACUGAAGGCUCCACCACAUCCAGACCUUCUCCUGGACCCUCCACUCCCACAGCUCAGAGAGAACCAAAGACAAGCCCAGCUCCCUCCCUCCCCAAAACCAUGCAUUCCACUCCUCUGCCAGCCAGACUCCUUCCAAUGGACACCAAAAGCAGCCUGACCAAUGGAGAUCAGUCCCUGAACAACUCUGACCUGGACAUCUCUGCUGACGAAGAGAACAACCAGCUGUCGGAGAGUGAAGGCUUUUCCUCCCCGCCCCUGUAUUGCAGGGAGUCCACUCUGUCCACCUCCCUGGUGGAGAAUACUCCAGAUCAGACCCCCGUCUCUCAGGCAGGUGGGCAGUCGCCCGGCAACGGUGCGGCGUCUGCCACCCCAGCUCACCAGGCGCCACCGUUCUCCUCGCCGCCCAGUAGCCACGCCCUCAGCAUGGCCACCGCCCCCUUCCAGGCUGUGCACACUGUGUUUAAAGUCAAUGCGCCCCUGCCGCCGAGAACCAGCUCGGACCUGAAGUCGGACGCGAGCACGUUCUCGGAUUCCUACAACCUGAGCUUCACCACGGCCAGCACGCAGACUCCACCUGACCUUGGUGGCCUGGAUCCAGACCACCUGCAGCCAGUGACCUCGUACCAGUCGGAGGGUCCGGUCAGCAAUGGCUGCCAGGUGUACCUGUCCCCCAGCCACGCGGCCGGCGCCUUCUCUCGCUCCGGCCAGCCGUAUUACUCCCGCGGCUCCGUCAGAGGGGGAUUUGAGGGGUACAGGACCGGCCUGCGGUCUCCCGGCGGCAGCUUCAUCCCCCAGUCCCACACUGCCAGAGAGGUCACCCCCGUCCUCUAUGGAGUUCGGGAGACUGGAUACCAACAGAGCUACAAACGUGGGACCGCUGCCGGUGGACAGAGGAACCACUCCAGAGCCGCCUGGAGUGACUCCUCCCAGGUGAGCAGCCCCGAGCGUGACGGCGAGACCUUCGCCAGCGUGGACUCGGGCCACGGCGACUCGCGGUGCGCCACGCCCAUCGACGCGCCCGUGGGGCCGCAGGGCCCCGCCCUCAUGCCCGUGCACGUGUACCCGCUGCCCCAGCAGAUGCGCGUGGCCUUCUCCGCCGCCCGCACCGUCAACUUCGCCCCCGGCACGCUGGACCAGACCAUCGUCUUCGACCUGCUCCACAGCAACCUGGGCGAGACCUUCGACGCCCACCUGGGCCGCUUCACCUGCCCGGCCGACGGCACCUACGUCUUCAUCUUCCACAUCCUCAAGCUGGCCGUCAACGUGCCCCUCUACGUCAACCUGAUGCGCAACGAGGAGGUGAUGGUGUCGGCCUACGCCAACGACGGCGCGCCCGACCACGAGACGGCCAGCAACCACGCCGUGCUGCAGCUCUACCAGGGCGACCAGGUGUGGCUCCGGCUGCACCGCGGCGCCAUCUAUGGCAGCAGCUGGAAGUACAGCACCUUCUCGGGCUACCUGUUGUACCAGGACUGA